AUGCUCAGAUGUACCUGUGCACGAUUUCGAUCGCAGCGCCGAUCUGUCAGCACCUCUGCGGGCGUGACAGCCAAAAGCUCGCCUGAAUAUGUCUCCGAGCUUGUCAGGAGACUGGACUAUGUAUCUUAUCUGCCGAGCUUCUUUUACCCGGCGAGCGCCAGACGGGCGUAUCUUGCCAUCAGGGCCUUCAACAUCGAGCUUGCAUCCAUCAAGGACAAUGUCUCCAAUCCGAUGAUAGGCAAGAUGCGCCUCGCAUUCUGGCGAGAUGCGCUCGAAGGCAUCUUUGCCGGACGACCGGCACAGCAUCCGAUAGCACUGGAGCUCUCGCACGCAGCACGGCGUCAUCGCUUGACACGAUACCACGUCUCCAAGCUCAUCGACGCACGAGAGGCCGACCUCACUACAGACAUCUAUCAUACUCUGGCCGACCUAGCGGCCUAUGCCAGGUCGACUCAGUACUCGCUGCUGUCUUUGCAACUGCAAACGCUUGACAUCCAGCAAAGCCUGACGCAAGAGACCUACAACCAAGUCGAUAUGAAUGUCACUCAUGAUCACAAGACCCCGGAUCCCUCGCGACCUCUGCCGCUCUCGACAAUCGACCACGCGCUCUCACAUCUUGCUGUGUCACUGACGUUGACGACCUUGUUGCGGGCUUUACCUCAUCACGCUGCAAAACGGUCUGCAGCCCCGAUCCCGAGCGAGAUUGCAAGCAAACAUAGCCUCGUGACAGAGGAACUCUUUCGCUCAGGUGGCAGUGCCGGUGGUUUGAGAGAUGCAGUCUACGAUCUUGCUGGUACAGCAUUUGUCGAGCUAGAGAUGGCUCGCAAGACGCUCGGAAUCGAUCAACGUAUCAAGGUACCCGUACCCGUCAUGCCAGCUCUUCUGUCCGCCACAUCGGCAAGAUCCUACUUGACGCUGCUCGAACGAGCCCGAUUCGACGCGUUUGAGCCGAGCUUGCAAAGGCGAUACUGGCGCUAUCCUUUCCAAGUCUGGCACGACUCGCGCCGGCGCAUCUUCUGA